UUAGACUCACUGCCGCGAUGCAGCGGCUGCGAGGGCAUCAUCUUCGAUCGCUUCAUCCUCAAGCUCGGUCAGAAUGAGAAUGAGAGGCACACGUGCUGGCACUCGGGCUGUCUGGUGUGCUCCGACUGCAACGUCGGCCUCACCGUCAAGUGCUACAUGAAGAACGGCCAGCCCUACUGCAAGGAUGACUUCUACAAGCGCUUCGCCAAGACGAGAUGUGCCAACUGUGAACUGGGCAUCGCACCGACGGCCAUCGUGAGGCGAGCCCAGGAGAACGUCUAUCACUUGCACUGCUUCAACUGUAUCCUCUGCAAGCGGGCGCUGAACACAGGCGAUGAGUUCUACCUGAUGGAAGACAAUAAGCUGGUCUGCAAAUCUGACUUUGAGUCUGCCAAGCAGAGAGAAUCUUCCUCAAAACGACCGCGAACGACCAUCACCGCAAAACAGCUGGAAACGUUAAAAAUCGCUUACAACAAUUCGCCCAAGCCGGCGCGGCACAUCAGAGAGCAGCUGAGCCACGACACUGGCCUCGACAUGAGAGUGGUGCAGGUGUGGUUCCAGAACCGCCGGGCAAAGGAGAAACGCCUGAAGAAGGACGCCCACUCGAGCAAGUCGCCCAACUCCUCCAACUCCCUCUCCACCUCGCACCUGUCCCCGGGCGGCACCGCCCACCCCAGUUCGCCCUCCAGCUCGAGGUGGUCCGGCAAUGGAAACGGCCUGUCGCUGGACACCAUGCCCGCUUCCAAUGCCUCCUCGACGCUGCUCGCCAAUGAGACCUCCACCUCAUGUUCCAGCUGGUUCGAUGACGCAAUCAUCGAUGAGGAGAGCGAUGAUGAGGGUGAUGAUGACGACGCCGAUGACAGUGUCGUCUACUAG